CGUUCAUUCAUAUUAGGGUCCCGGAAAGCCACUGAUCGGCGAAAUCGGCAGUCCAACUCCUAUCGAAGUAAUUUACAGUCAGCUUUCUGGCUUGAUAACACUUUUGUUGGCCUUAAAUUCUUUUUUCUUUUUUCGUUUUUGUUAAAGCUCGAAUUCUGAGGUGACAGAUGAAAGGCACUCACGGACUACCAUGAGUUGCGACAAUCGCAUUGACGUCGUGCCCUCGCUUCCGGUACAGGAAGGACUAGGGAUGGGGCCGAUUUCACUUCUUGAGAAGCCCGCAGUUAUUGAAGAACGUAACGGCGAGAUAGAAUUCCGUGUCGUCAACAAUGAUGGUGACCGGGAGAGUCUCAUCGUCCUGAGUGGGCUGAAAUGCGUCUUCCAGAAGCAGCUACCGGAAAUGCCUAAGAGCUACAUCGCGCGCCUCGUCUACGAUAGAGCUCACAUGUCCAUUGCCAUUGUGAGGAAGCCACUAGCAGUAGUAGGAGGCAUCACGUACCGGCCGUUCAAGCACCGUAAGUUCGCCGAGAUUGUCUUCUGCGCCGUAUUAUCAGACGAGCAGGCCAAGGGCUACGGGGCGCACCUCAUGUCGCAUCUGAAGGACUACAUUAAGGCAUCAUCAAAUAUGAUGCAUCUCCUGACCUAUGCCGACAACUCGGCCAUCUCCUAUUUCAAGAAACAGGGUUUUACAAAGAAGAUCUCGUUGGAUGACUCAAUUUGGAAGGGGUAUAUAAAAGACUAUGACGGCGGGACUCUUAUGCAGUGCUCUAUGCUCCCAAGGAUUCGCUACCUAGAGGUAGGCCGCAUGCUCCUCAAGCAGAAGAAAUGCGUCCAUGCCAAAAUACAGGCUUUUAGUAAGAGCCACGUGAUCCAUCAACCUCCGAAACAGUGGGAGAACGGCCUUACUCCGAUUGAUCCCCUAUCCAUCGAUGCAAUCCGGGCGUCAGGUUGGUCACCUGGUAUGGACGAGCUGGCUAGGCAAUCCCACCACGGCCCGAAUUACAAGCAGCUGUUACAUCUCUUAAAUGACCUCCAGGACCAUCAAUCAUCGUGGCCAUUCCGGCAGCCUGUCAGCGAGGACGAUGUCGCCGACUAUUACGAAGUCAUCAAGGAACCAAUGGGCCUAAGUACUAUGGAGGCCAGGCUGGAAGCGGAACAAUACAUGACACCUGAGGAUUUCAUUAAAGACGCCCGGCUCAUCUUUGACAACUGUCGACAAUUCAAUGGUGAGAAUUCGCUCUAUGUGAAGUGUGCCAACAAGUUAGAGAAGUACAUGUGGCGGCAGAUACGCAAGAUCUCCGAGUGGUCGCAUUUGGAGUAGUAUGAUAGCAUGACUUGGUUACUUGAAGCACCAUGGAUAACUUUCCCGCCUGCGAGUCUGUCGGCGUAGAAUGCACAGCAUGCAAUCCACGCCUUCAUGUUCUUCCAAUGCAGCGGCUUCAAGUAUGGCCAUGCCAGAGCCUUGGGGGAACAUUAUUGACUAGAAAAAACUUCUUCGCCAAUUGGUCAAAGGUUGGCCAGAUGAUAGGGGUGGUUGCCAGAGAUGGACGCUGUACGAACGACAAUCAAAUUCGCAAUCGCCAUUGGCCACCACGAUGAGAAAUGACCCAGAUCC